UGUCUUGGUGGGCGGCAGGACUUUCUUUGCUUUCACUUUCCCCAGUGAUUUAUGUUAUAGUCACAGAUGUUACUGGUUUAAUGGCACAAAGAGCCGUGACAAUAUAUCAUCGUCAUGAUAGCUGCAGUCGUGCAUUCAGCUCUGGUGCUGGCUGUUAUACUCUGAUAAAACUUAUUCCACAGGCCUUGCAGGUUUGAUGUGGGGUUCUCUCGUUGAGUGAGGAUGGGGGUGCUUAUCAGAACUAUGAAUCGGGGAAAGGCUCUUCUCUCUCUCUCUCUCUCUUUCUCUUUCUCUCUCUCUGUGUCUCGGAGAUGGUUGUCAGAUGAUGGAUGGCUGCGGUUUCUCUCUGCUCCUGUAAGCAGCAAAGACUCUGCGCAAAGUAACGGGCUCAGGAUCCCUUAGUGUUGUGCCUCAACCUGCUACGAAAUCGCCAGUGACCCAGGUAAAUGUGACAGAGGGAAGGCAUUGAUGUAGCAGGCACCAGGUCACAUUGAAUUGGAAAUUGCUGUGCUACAAAACCGCAUCGGAAAUGUCGCAGAUGUCUGUGCUUCUGAUCCUCUGGAAUCUUAUUUUCCGUGGGAGCACCCUAGACUGAAGGCCUGUCACCAGUGGUGUUCCACAGCAAAUACUGCUGGGUCCUCUUGUUUAUCAUUUAUAUAAAUGAUUUGGUUGAGAAUACAGAAGAAAUGGUUAUUAUGUUUUUGGAUAACGCUAAUCGUUGGCAUAGAAGACAGUGAAGAAGGUUUCAAAAGAUUACAAAAGGCAUCUUGUUCAGCUUUUGUAAAGCCUAUGCUUCACGUAUACCCCACAAGUGGUUUUGUAAAAGAAGGAGAGAAUUUAAAAUUGGAAUGUGGGAAAGAUAAAGCAGGAACUUUUUAUUGGUACAAAAAUGAAGCGCAAUUCAAGAAGACACAGACCAAUAUUUAUGAAAUACUCGUGAACAGUAAAACUGGUGGAUCUUAUUCCUGCAAAAGACAUUAUCCUUGGUUCAUGAGAGCACCUGCUGUAACUGUCAUUAUUCUUUCCAAAGAAAUGCUAACUCUGGAUGCUAAGCAUCAACAUGCUCUGCGGGAUGAGAAGAUUGUAAUGAACUGCCGGACUCCAUUCCAGAACUUGAGAGGACAUAAGCGUUUCCAGUGGUAUCAGAAUAACAAGUUCAUAAAAGAAACUGAAGAUGGUUCACUCACCAUAGGAAGUGCCAAACAUUCAUAUGAAGCAUCUUAUCGAUGUGAAUUAGGAAUGAGUUAUAGAAAGUGGGUUUCGAACAAUCUAACUAUCACAGUAUCAGAUGGAAAUGUGGCUUUCCAUGUUGUCCCAGUUUUACCUUUGGAAGGAGAGACAAUGAAACUGAACUGUCGGUACAAAUACAAUAGUCAGUCGGAGAGAAAAUUUGCCUUUUAUAGAAAAGGCAAGAUGAUUCAUUCACUGAGGUCUACAAAUGGUGAAUCUGCGUACAACAUUAAAAUAAACAGCGUUGCUGACAGUGGAUUGUACAGCUGUAAAAUUUCCUGGCACACAUCACGGUCUGUUGAUGUUCACGUUCAAGAACGCUUUGCUAAGCCCGUGCUGAGUGUGGGGCCGACGGCUGAAGUAUUCGAGGGGUUCCCGAUUACACUGACGUGCAUUGUUCGGGCGGCAAGGCCCUCCGUCCAGCUUCACUAUUCAUUUUACAGAGACAACGCUGCCCUGGAGGCCGUGCAUCAUCAUGGUGCCGUGUACACCAUCAAUGCAGCCACUGCAAACCUUUCCGGGAAUUAUGCAUGUGAAGUGAUCGAGACAGUUUACAGUCUGAGGAAGAGGAGCAACAGCAUUCACAUUUCUGUUAAACAACGAUUUGCCAAGCCCGUGCUGAGGGUGGAGCCAGCUGAAGUAUUCGAGGGGCUCCAGUUCACGCUGACGUGCACUGUCCUGGUGGCAUGGCCCUCACUCCAGCUUCACUACUGGUUUUACAGAGACAGCGCAGCACUGCAGACUGCACCUGAUCAUGGAAGCGUGUACACCAUUAACUCAGCGGCUGCAAACGUUUCUGGGAAUUACGCCUGUGAAGCGAUCAAUACGGUUUACGGACUGAUGAAGAGGAGCAACAGCAUUCACAUUUCUGUUAAACAAGCGUUCACCAUCCCGAUGUUGACCGUGCAUCCUGAGGGGCAGCUGUUUGAUGGCCAACGGGUUAAACUGGUGUGCUGGAUUGAAGAGUAUCCCUCCCAAGCUUCCUUGUGGUACAGCUUUUACAGAAAUGAGGUCCCUCUCCAGUCUCCGUCAGACCACAGGGAUUACAUCUCUGAAUCAGCUCAUCCGACAGACUCGGGUACUUACCAUUGUGAAGUCACAGACGGGAAGGUGUGGAAACGCAGUAAUCAGCUCUAUUUGUCCAUCAGGCGAAUUCCAGUGUCAAAACCGGAACUAAUAAUUCAACCCGAAAAGGAUCUGAUCGAAGGAGACCCAGGAUCCUUAAUCUGUUCAGUCUCCAAUGGUUCUCUGCCGAUUUAUUACCAAUUCUACAACAGCUCAAGUGUGGAACUGUACAGGGAGCUUUCCAACAGCACUGAGCUUGUUUACAACAUCGGGCCUAUCAGCAGGAGGGACGAAGGGCAUUACCAUUGUUCAGUGAGAAAUGAAGUGACAGGCCCUCAACACAGUGAAGACAUAGAGAUCGCAGUGAUAGUUCCUGUCAGAGAUGCUGUGCUAAUUUUCUUCAUUAACGGGACUGAGAUACAAUCUGGGGACCGCCUUGUUCUCCGGUGUCGGGUGAGGGAAGGCACAGAGCCCCAGUUCGUUUGGUACCGUGACAACAUGUCGCUAAGAAACGGCAGUGCAAGCUACCAAGUGACUGCCGACGGUGGUGAGAUGGUUAUUCAUUCAUUCCAGAGAGAUGAUGUCGGAAGGUAUCACUGUGCAGCAAUCAACAAAGGAGCCAACCACACCAUUUUUAAUGUGACCAGCGACUACAUCGAAUUCACGCUACGAGCUCAGGGUUAUUCCAAGGAAAUCAUGGCGUCGCUCCUCCCAGUUCUGCUGUUGGUUGGCCUGAUUGUGUUGUGGUACUACAUCCACUGGAGGGACACAGGCAAUUCGUCAACUGUGUCACAGCCCAGGAAAUCCCAACCUUCUGGUGAAGGGGCAGCAGCCAGCAAUCUGGAGUAUGCAGUAGUUGGAUCAGCACACACUGCUGGAAACUCCACUGCGGAUUUGGUUUAUUCAGAGGUCACCAUCAAAAAGAGUACAGAGCCUGAAAACACCACUGCGGGUUUGGUUUAUUCAGAGGUCGCCAUCAAAAAGGGAACAGAGCCUGGGAAGAGUAUUGUUUUUUCCACCGAUGGUAAGAAGGAUUCAAAGACUGACCCUGAUGAAUCUUGUAUCACAUACGCCAAACUGGACCUCAGCAAGCCCUCGCAGGAAGAUGACGGAGAGGAUGGAAACGUUUACAUGAACAUUCCGCGGAAGUAAUAAACAAGAAGUCAGAUGGAGUGGGGGUGUUCAUUCGGUUCUAUACACCGGUUGAUAAAGCGGUACAAUGUAAUUCCUGUGUACAGAUAACAAACUUCUUAACUUUAUGAUGGACACCAUUUUUCGCAAUGCAUUUUGACUCCACUUAUUUUCUUCUGGGGAAGCUCCUUUCACGUCAGUGUGACCAUUAAUCAAUUCUGUACACCACUGGGUUUUGAAUUUACUAAACUCUUUUGGCUGCUAGUUGUCUUUGGAUAUUUAAUACCUGCAUCUCCUUCGCUCUCAUGUACAUAUCUGAGGAUUAAGCUUUUCAUUUGGUUGACGUUUAAGGGGAAGAAUACGUCUGGCCCCUUCAAUGAAUGGACGAUCAGGAAUCUGUCCCAUACUGACUAGAACAGAACUUCGAACAGAAAUUGUCAGACAGUUCUGACAGGAGGGAGAUACUAAAACAGAAACCAGGCAGUUUUAAUAGUUACUUUUCAGGGAGAAUAUUUCCUGUGACAUGGGGCUCGAACUUGCAAAUUUUUGCCCCACGGACAGAACGGGCACUGAGCUGCAAGCCAUUGAAGAUCGGGACGGAGGAAGCAUGGCUGAUUGGGAAUCUCCAUGGAGGAGAGAUCUCUCAACAAUCCAAAACCCCUGCCGGAUGCUUUGAUCUGGCUUUCUGAGAUUCCAAACACUGUUGUGCGAAUGUGUGGGAUUUCUCUCGCUGCAGAUGUUCUGGAAACGCCAUGUUGACGGAGGUGGGGUUAUCACACACCUCCAGAGCAACAGACUUGAACUUUGAAUGAGGAAGCAAUGGCCUGGUGGUGUUAUCUGUGGACUGUCAAUCCAGAGACCCCAGUAAUAAUCUGCGGACUAGGGUUUGAAUACCAGCAUGGUAGAUAUUGGAUUUUGAACUCAAAAAAAAUUCUGGACUUAAGAGACUGAUUGUCAUAGUGAAUCGAUUGUCAGUAAAACCCAUCUGGUUCAUUAAUGUCCUUUAGCGAACAGAAUUGCCAUUCUUACCUCUUCAGGCCUACUUGUGACACCAGGUCUACAACAAUGCGGUUGAUUCUUAAGUUCCCUCUGGCAUUUAGAGAUGCAAAAUAAAUGCUGAUCUAUCCAGUGAUGCCCUCAUCCCGUGAAUAAAAGAAAAGUUGACCUCUCAGUUCAGAGGUAGGGACACUGCCACGGCACCACAUAAGGGCUCGGUCUGAUGUUAAUACAGGCUUUGUUGAAGAUGUUAAUAUUUUAAUACCGUCCUCGUAAUGAUCUGAAAACUGCUCUCCAUCAGAAAAGGAGCAGAUCUGAUUGCAAACUGAUAAACACCAUCAGGGGCAAUGACAGUGUGAAAGUGGAAGGUUCUGGUCAAUAGGUCCCAUGUGUCUUUCAACAGAACAGCAGGGCUAUGUCGAUGAAUUGUUGAGCAUUAGACCAAGCAAAGACUCGGGCUAUCAGUUUUUAAACAUCACGGCCCUUCGUUCAUGCAAAGGAUGUAAGGCAUUGCUGGCAAGGACAGUAUGCAUGCCGCUAAUUACAGCAUCAUAGAGUCAUAUAGCAAAGAAACAGAAACUUCAGCCCAACUCAUCCAUGCUGACCAGGCUUCCGAAAUGGAACCAUCCCUACUUGCGUGCAUUUGACCCGCAUUUCUCGAAACCUUUCCUAUCCAUGUGCCCGUCAAAUUCUUUUAAAAUAUUGUAACUGUAUCCACUUCCCGUGGCUGCUUGUUCCGUAUAUGCACCAAACGCAGCGUGGUAAAUUGCCCCGAAGGUCUGUUUUAAAUCUCUCCAAUGUCAUCUAAAAUCUAUGCCCUCAUUUCCACUUUCCAACCCUGGCAUGAAGACCUUGGCUAUUCAUCUUAUGCAUGCCCCUUAUGACUGUAUAAACCUCUAUGGGGCCCACCCCUCAGACUCUGACCCUCCAGAGAAAAAAUCUUCUCAGGCUAUCCAGCCUCCCCUUAUUAUUCAAACCCAUGAGCCUUGAUAACAUCCUUGUAAACUUUUCCUGCACCCUUUCCAAUUUAAUAACAGUAGGGUGAGGAGAAUUGUAUGCAAUACUCCAAAUAUGUCCUGCUCAAUGUCUUGAACAGCCGUAACAUGACAUCCCAACUCCAGUCCUCAAUUCUCUUUUCCCAAUCCAUCACCAUUCAGAUAAUAAUCCAUCUUCCUGUCCUUGCUCCCAAAUUAGCUAACCUCACGCCGACACUAAACUGCAUCUGUCUUGGUGGCCUUUGCUUUUGUACAGAAUAAUUCCGUUUUCAGUGAUGAACAAAAUUACAGUACAUAACAUAUUGGGAGAUUUUCUUUAUUAAAUAAAGAUAAGCUGGUGCAACUCUAUUAAUGCGAUAUGAGAUGAUUAUCAGAGAAUGAAAACUAAAAGAAUUGUGAAUGCGGUAAAUCAGAAAUAAAAACAGCAAUUGCUUGAAAA